GCGGCGCGGCGCGGGCGGGCGGCGAGAGUCGGCUGCCGCCACCUUCCGCACACAGCAACGCGGGGCUCUGCGGAGUCGCGGGAGCGCCAAUGCCCGGACCGACACAAGCCCUGUCCCCAAAUGGCGAGAACAACAACGACAUCAUCCAGGAUAACGGGACCACCAUCAUCCCCUUCAGGAAGCACACGGUGCGGGGGGAGCGCUCCUACAGUUGGGGAAUGGCGGUCAACGUGUACUCUACCUCUAUAACCCAAGAGACUAUGAGCAGACAUGACAUCAUCGCAUGGGUUAAUGAUAUAUUAGCUUUAAACUACACAAAAGUUGAACAACUCUGUUCAGGAGCCGCUUACUGCCAGUUCAUGGACAUGUUGUUUCCGGGGUGCAUUAGCUUGAAGAAAGUAAAGUUUCAAGCAAAGCUGGAGCAUGAAUACAUUCACAACUUCAAACUUCUGCAGGCAUCGUUUAAGAGAAUGAAUGUGGAUAAGGUGAUUCCCGUGGAAAAACUGGUCAAAGGGCGCUUCCAAGACAACUUAGAUUUCAUUCAAUGGUUUAAGAAGUUUUUUGAUGCUAACUAUGAUGGGAAGGAGUACGAUCCUGUGGAAGCUCGACAAGGCCAAGAUGCAAUUCCCCCACCGGAUCCUGGUGAACAGAUCUUCAACCUGCCCAAAAAGUCUCACCAUGCAAACUCUCCAACUGCAGGUGCUGCUAAAUCCAGUCCAGCUUCUAAACCAGGAUCUACACCUUCUCGCCCAUCUUCAGCAAAAAAAGCUGCACCAAGCAGCUCAGCAUCCAAAUCAGAUAAAGAUUUGGAAACCCAAGUCAUACAGCUCAGUGAACAGGUACAUUCGUUAAAACUUGCACUUGAAGGCGUGGAGAAGGAAAGGGAUUUCUACUUUGGCAAAUUAAGGGAGAUUGAACUUCUCUGCCAAGAACAUGCGGGAGAGACUAAUGACCUUGUCAAUCGGCUAAUGGAAGUCCUUUAUGCUUCAGAAGAACACGAGAGCCACACAGAAGAGCAUGAAGGUGAAGAGCAAGUCCAUGAACAGCCCCAGCAGCAGGAGGAGUACUGACUCACCCGGCGUCUCUGACAAUUUUCGUUUUGUGUGAGAACUUUCUUCUGGAGAACGGAACAUGUGUGGCCUCAAACUUGAAAUCAGUUCACUCCCAGUCUGCCAUUAACAUUUAUGUACCAUAGUGAGUACCAGCCAACCACCGCAUUCUGUACCCAUACUUUGCCAAGAUGCAUUUGCAGACGUCUUCUUUCAGUGUAUCUUCCCAAGAGGUUGUAGGGCUACAUCACCUACUGUACAUCACUGCAACGUCACCACUUGGCUGCUUGAGAUUUGUUCUGCUCUUUAAAAAGAAAUAUAUAUAUUUAUUUUUUUUUCUCUUUUGUCUUAAGUAUGAUACACUUGUAACUUGUUCUGACAUAUUUAUAUUGGCAUUUUGUGUGGCAAGAAGUACCGUACCACUAGCUGUGUCUCUCACUUUGUGGUGCUUUUGCGUUUGCUAGUACAUCUGCCCUGGGGCAUGAAUUUGGUCAAACAAGCAAUUGGAAUAAAGGGAUACAGCAGAAGUCAUCCUCAAGCCAUAACGAUGAGGUGUGUUUGAGGAGGAAAAUGCUCGUGUUGCUCACGUUUAUUCCUUUCUUGCCUUUGCAAAAUGGAAGGCAGAGCAUCUGUUUCACUAGGAGAGGUUUUAAACCCCUGUGUUAGAAAGCUUGUUAGGAAGCUGCAUGGUAUGUUUUUUGGCUCAUUUCUGGAAGAACAGACAUCCACUUAAGUUUUUUGAAAAGCCUCCCAGUUUCCUGGCUGGUCCCAGCCUCCAGCUGCAGCUCUGCCCCCGCAGAGCUCACUGCUGAUGGAGGUGAGAAAUCUCCUUGACACAAGUGUAGCUACAGGACGUGAUUUCUGCUGUCAUACUUGGCUUCCCACCCCUCAGAAGAGGAGAAAGUAGGCCAGCCGUUUCUUCUUGCUACCCUUCCCCCCUCUGCUGCCCUGGCCAUGCAAGUCUGGAAAAUGUUAAUUUCCUUACUAGUGCAAGGCAUGGGGAAAACCAGCAACAGCCCUGGCUCUGACCCCCCUGAGCUCCCUUUAAGUGGGUGGUGGACACCUUACAGGUGUUGAGGCUGCUUCCAAAGUGCAGAGAGGCAGUGAGGAGUCCUGGAGAGAGAGCGUACAUCAGAGGGGGCCCAAAGCUGGUUCUGCGCUUGGCUGAGCUUUCCCCAGCGAGGCCAGUGUGGUGCAGAACCAGAUCUGCCCUGGAGAUGUCUGCAGUGGGAGCGUUCCCUUCUGGUGCACUCCCAUCGCCCUCAUCUGAGUGAUGGUAUUUUAUAAACAGAGGUACCUUGAAGGAUAUAAAGCAUUCCUUAUUUUUUCUCCUCAAACUGCACAUGGUAGUCUCUCUGAGUAUUUAAUGCUUUGUGUUCUUGAUCUCUCACCUGGUUUUCUUGAUUCUGGAUGGUUAUGCUUGACUUAGCAUGUACAUGGAAGUCCCAGCCCAGCUGGCACUUGCUGAAAAACUCCAGAGCCUACUGAACAGCAAAAUCAUGUUAGACCUUCGUAGGCUCCGAAAGCCUAAGUUCCCAGCUUAUGCUGCCAUAAUCAGUUAAUCACCCCCCGACACACACUCAUACACCCAUGCAGUUUUCUGUUCCUAAUCAAUCGUUUGCAGCUAAGUGGCUCUUAGGUAAACGUUGAGAACCCUGCUGUCAUGUUGCACCACAGACAAUAUAUAAAAUACUGUUAAGCACUAGAACAGGUAUUUCCAGAUCCUUGAUCUUCUCCCCGCUGCUCAGCAGUAAAGCUUCUGGACCCUUUGGGCUGAAGUCCCAGCCCUGCCUCUAGCAUUGACCUCACGUCCUACCAGGUGAUAAAGUGAAGGUUCUGCAACCUGCAGGCCAGCGCUUUCCUUUCCUGUUUCAAUUGGUUACAAGUUAAGUCUGGUUGAUAAAAAUGUGUAAUAUUUCAAAAUAAGUAUUUCUAAGAAUCACCACGAAAGGGGGAAUUGUCAUUUUCGUUGUAUUUGUGUUUAUUAGAAACAUAUGUACUUAUUACAAUUGUCAUUGUAAUAAACGGUAGUUCUUCAUAAUGCUGUUGAAGAGCAGUUACUAAUUUUUUUUCCAGACUCCAGGUCCUUUAACCUGUAUGGGAUUUCCGAUGGGGCAAGGAGUUUGGGAUCAGGCUACAAACUUAAAUUCAUCAGCACCAGUCUCUGCUUACUGCGGGUCAUCCUUCUGCUGAUACUCGAGCAGAUGCACAGAGAGCAUUUCAGGAGGAAAUGUUUGUGUAAAGGUACAAGUGGUUGGGUUGCUGAGCUCGCCAGAGGGUCCGUAGCCAGGCUGUUGUGCCUCUCUCCUUUUUCUUUCCUCUUUGAAGCACAUUUAAAAAAAAAAAAAAAAAGAAACAAUUUUAAAAGGAUAUACUUAGUUUCCUGAAAAUUCCUUAUGUCCUAUUUCUGGUCUGAGGACUGGCCUGUAGACUCUCACUGCUUGUACCAAGGGGGAAGUGACUGAGGGAGGGAGCCAAGGCAGUGAAGUACCUCAUGGGCACUAGAAAUUGGCUGUGCUGAGGGGAGAGCGAUGCUCUGAAAGGGGAACAAGUUGUCCUUCUCCCCACCCCCAUCCCCUGUGAGAAACCCAUCCUUCCGUUAUGGUUUUAAUAUGCAUUUGUAAUUAUCUUUACUAAAUAGCACACCAUAAAGCUUUGGUUAUAUAUUAAAUGUAAACUGAAAGGAAUGUAAACAUAUGUAUUGUUAAUUAUAAAUAGAUAAGUAAUGACAUAAUAGAUACAAAAAGUCUUAUUCAGAUGUAUCAGUCAUUUUACAUUAUCCACAGAUUGUCGCAUGGUAGAGUAGAUUUUUGUCUGAAUAUGUGAAUAACUUGACUUGCCGUUUAUCUUUUUACAUAUUUAAUAAAAAAAUAUAUGUUAAAA